AUGAGUGGUCAACAAUUUUAUGAUUUCUUCAAUCCAGACAAGGCACCUGAUUGUCUCCACACCCUGAGUGUUUUCAGAGGGUGCAGUAGCCAAUCAGACGAUUGGACAUACGAAAUAUGAUUUGAUUCAAUAAACAAGCCAGAUAGUACAGUAACCAUCUAUGAUAAGGUGACAAUGAAACAGACAAGUUAUUUAGCUUCUCCAACAGAAGCCUCAGAGUUGACUAAAUUUUGCCAACAGAGGACCAAGAUCAAACCUGAUUCAGUAAAGAAAUCUAUCUUAAGGAGCAUGAAGAGAUUCUAUGCAACUUUGUUCAAAAGAAACAACACGCACAUUCUUAGAAAGAGGUACUCUAAUUGUACUACAAAUCAGCUGCAUGAAGGCCUACGUAAUACUCUUGAAUUAGUUAUCCCUCAGCAUUUAGUGGAUGAUAACCUCAUCUACUUCACUAUGGGAAUCAUCAACUUGAGAAAAGUAUCGAAAUUACCUUGAAGCUCAGAGAUUAAAACUGAAAUUUUGAACUUCCUGGAACCAACUAGAGUUUUUUCACACACAAAAUUACAAAAAGCGUUACAAUCGGUUAGCUUCAGAAUACUUUGAAAAUAUUUUAUCAGAAACUGAAAUGACCCGAAGACUUCUUUCUUGAUCGAAGCCUUAAAAGAGUUCCCAGAAUAAUUUAUUGA